AUACAAAAUCAAUUGCUAUAUCUUGUAUACAGUAUAUGUCUGUAAUGUUUCAAAGAUGGAAAUAUUCAAUAUUGGAAAACAUCAAAAACCGUCGAUGGAUUUUCCGAAAUCAAGAUGUCAUAAGAAAGCUAUUUAAAUUAUUGUAAAAACACUACAGGAGGCAUCCAAAUUGGUGAAAAUAACGAAUUUCCUCGUGUUUAUCCACAUACUGACAUGUACGGCUUCACAUAGAACACACACUUACCGACCCUCAAACGCGAAUAUUUUGUAGACCAGAACCAGCUUCAACUUUGUAAUAAAAAUCGUAAAACAAAUGUAUGCUAUUUGUUUUCAAAACCAAAAUCCAUGCAAAAUUCAAAUAUAUAUUCAAUUUGCUUCCGAAACUGUGACAACCAUGUGACAUUUAAAAAAAACCUCCAUGACCAUGAUUGUAUAUAUAAACUACAUUUACCUGAUCAGGAUAGAGGGCUCACGGUGGAUUUGACCGGUGGACAGGGGAUGCUUACUCCUCAUAGGCACCUGAUCCCACGUCUGGUGUGCCCAGGGGUCCGUGUUGCCCAACUAUCUAUUUUGUAUUGCUUAUAGGAGUUAAGAGAUUGAUUACUGUUCGUUAUCUUAACCUUUCCUAUUUACAAUUGCAUCGUCUUCAAAUACUUUUUACUAGGUUUUAAGUGCUUUUUAAUUUAAGUAAAAAUGCAGUCACCCGCCCUCUUCUAUAUAAUGUCAAAAUAUUGUUUAGAUUGUUGAUUGAUUGAUUGUAUAUUGUUUAACGUUUCUAUCGAGAAUUUUCCACUCAUAUGUCAUCAAGACCGAUGAAGGGCUUCACAUUUAGGUCUAUUGCUCGGCGCGUACGACCAUUGGAUAGUGAGGGUUCUUUAGGGUGUCACACCAACAGUGACACAUAAUAUCCAUUUUAAAGCCAUCUCCGAGGACCCGUGACAUUUACACCUGAUGCCGAGUGUUUGGCGAUCAAACUGUCACUACCUACUUUAAUGACUUUCAUAUCUAGGUAUGUCGCGGCCGGAAUUCAAACCCCGACAUUCAACAUACGGGGUGAACACACCGCGGCGGUCGCAUUGUUUACAAACCCAGAGAAAAAUUCAACGUAAAUUUGAUAAAUUCCUAAAACACAUGGGUUGUUUUUACAUUCAAUGUCCUUAAGUUUGCUGUAAAGUUUUAUAUCGUAACAUUCCAAAAGCGUGUGAUAAAGUUUCCGAUCAUAUUCCAUAUUCAUUUCUAUAAAAUCUCAACAUCGUAUAUCACACGAUAUUAGUAUUUUUCACAGAGUAGUACGAACAAACAACAUAUUUUCCUGUCACUUAGGUAAAGAAAGGCGGACGGAAAUAUCAACAAAGGUCGUUGAAAACCGAGAGGGAUUAUGCUUAGUACCAGAUCCUUAAUGAGUUCUCUCAGAAGGAUUUUCUCACAACCACGAUUUAUCCGUUCUAUAUGAUUCUCAAAGAAAAUUAUGAAUUUUAAUCAACACUACGUCAUAUUGAUGAAAUAUCUCCAUGCAGUUCUUCCAAUAUUUUCAAUUAAAAUUCCAGAAACAUCGCCAUAUAUCGUGUGUACACAGUCUCAGCAGACAUCAACUAAUGAUUCUCUGUCUGCCAUUCUUGGCUGUGAUGACGACAUGGAGACCUUUUCUCUAACCAAUGAUGGAGUUAAUCAGUCCUGGUCUCUUGAAUUAGACAAUAUGUAUACCAUUGAUUGGAUUUUUCUUUCCAUUGGUGCUGGUACCUACAGCAUUUAUGUACAACUAAAUGGGAGUCAACCUGUAAAGUGUACGGAUAUUAGACAAUCUGCAGAAAUGAAACCUAAAACGCUUCAGCAGCUGAUUACCUGUGAAUAUCCUAUUUUUGUUUACAUCAAAGGAGAUAGAAUUAGCAUAAAUCGAACAGAAAAUGGACCGAUCAAAGUGUUUGAAUUAAAACCAAUAGGGCUUUCUGGUAUUAAUCAAUCAGUGUUGCUGAAUUUUACAAAAUCUUCGAGGGAAUUUUCCAAAGCUUUAGAUAACGACAUGGACACUUAUUACCAUUCAUCAGAAAAGGUCCAGGCGUCUUGGUUCCUAAAAUUGGACAGAAACUAUGUGAUUAAGUGGAUUCUUAUAUCGACCAGGGGAGGAAAUUAUGAAGUACACAUAAAAGAAGAUGACGCAAUAACGAGUUCAUCAACAAUGUGUCAGAAUUUCAGUCUCCAUGGAAUAAAACAACAAAACAAAGCCUUGGAAUGUUACAAAGAAAUGAAGGGUGAUACUAUUCUAAUAAAAAGAACUGAUGACGGACCAUUGAGGCUGUUUGAAGUGUACCCUAUAAUAUGUCCUGCAGGUCGCUAUGGACCAAACUGCGCUAAAUGCAGGAAGGAGUGUGUGUCCUGUAGUCCUAUAACAGGUGUCUGUAACCAAUGUCAAGGACCGUUCUAUGGUGACUUCUGUCAGAAUCAAUGUCCAACAAACUGUCUCAACGCUACGUGUGACCAGACAUCAGGGACAUGUGAGAGCUGUAUAGAGGGUUACUAUGGAAAGUGUUGUAAUCAUGAAAUUACUACAGUAUCAUUUAAAGGUACAUUCUCUAUACCUUAUACAUUGCAGUACUUCCAGAUCCAAAGCAUUACAUUGUACCACUCGGUAGUUUUUUUUUUUUUAUGUUUAGAAACUAAAGUGUCCACGCGAAAAUUCAACAAUGACGAGGUCACCACUAACUGUGAUGAGGACACCACCAUUACUGACAAAAUGGUUGCCGAACAAGAUGCUGAUAGAGAGGUAUAUAGCCAGACUGUCAUAUUGCUGACUGUUCUCGUGGUGUUAAUUCUGGUAUUGGUCCUAACUGUGGUUGUCCUCUUCAACAAAAGCAAGAGAACAAGAAAAGACAAAACAGAAAAAGAAAAUGGCCUCCUCGUGGAAUUCCAUAGAGUGGAGUCACGAAAUGAGUCGGAGCUGGAGGAGAUUCCUCAGGACGAGUCUAUCUUCGUAGAGGAGGAAAUCGUUACCGUAGAGUACAGUAAUUUGAUGUCGCAAAGAAUUUCUAUUGAUCAAUUCAUUAGAGAAUUACCAGAGAAAAAGGACAACGAAGUACUAGCGAAAGAAUUUAACGAUCUUCCCACCGGACUACUAGAAUCUCAUUCGAAUGCCCUGAGGGCAUCCAACAGAAAGGGAAACCGAUACAAAGGAAUUUAUCCAUAUGACUAUAAUCGUGUGAAGUUGAUGAGAGAAGAUUUAAAUGACAGCGAUGACUUUGUCAAUGCAUCCUACAUUAAUGGUCUCAACAAGGAACGAAGUUACAUCGCUGCGCAAGGUCCUUUCACCCCCAAGACGUUGGAGGCUUUCUGGACCGUGAUCUGGCAGAACGACUCAACACGGAUCGUUAUGCUGACUAAUCUUUACGAGGGAGACAGAAUGAAGUGUCUGAAGUACUGGCCGGACACGCUGCUGGACAUUGGUCCUUACGUCAUCACACUGGACACUGUGGACGUGUAUGAUCACUAUGUCCUGCGAUAUAUGACUGUUAAACAUCAGGAUGAAGAGAAGAGGUUAACACAGUUCCACUUCACCACUUGGCCGGACAACUCCGUCCCAGAUGAUAUGACGUCACUCAUAUGCUUCCGUAACCUAGUAAGAAAUGGACUGAGCAUUUCAGAUGGGCCAGUGGUCGUCCAUUGCAGGAUGAAGAGAAGAGGUUAACACAGUUCCACUUCACCACUUGGCCGGACAACUCCGUCCCAGAUGAUAUGACGUCACUCAUAUGCUUCCGUAACCUAGUAAGAAAUGGACUGAGCAUUUCAGAUGGGCCAGUGGUCGUCCAUUGCAGCGCCGGGAUUGGUAGAACGGGGACGUUUAUCUCCCUUGAUUAUCUCCUGGAAGAGAGCGUUAUGGAGCAGACCAUUGAUGUCAGGGGAUAUGUUGCUUCUCCAAGACAGCAGCGGGUAGGAUCUGUACAAACAUGUGAGCAGUACAUCUUUCUCCAUGAUGCACUGGUUGAAGGACUUACAAACAUGAACGUUCGCCAUAGCUGUCUAUCUGUGUUGUAAUGCUGUUUUGUCAGGCCACGCUGUCUGUUCUGAUAUUAUGGAUUUUCAAACUGUACAUGGGUUUCUGCGGAAUUAAUGUUUUCAUUUCUGCGUGAUUUAUGUAAAUUUUAAAAUAUUUCAUAUUUCCAAAAUUUAUAGGAUACGUACUUAAUUGGGGAUUGAACAUACUGUUAAUAUUAGCCUUAGAAUUGCAUUGUCUCUAGAACUAAAUUGAGCGUAUGAGCAUCGAAAAUUUAAUAAACAUGAGAAUAAUUGUCAA